CAAUUUAUCUUCUUCUGUUUUCUGCUGACAGUACCCUAAACCCUAGUUUUGUGAAAACCAACCUACAGCAAUGGCGGCGGCAGCAGCAAGGCCUCUCGUCUCCGUUCAAACCCUAGAGGGCGAUGCAGCCCCCACCGUCCCUCUUCCUGAUGUCAUGAGGGCUCCCAUUCGCCCCGACAUUGUCAAUUUUGUCCACUCCAAUAUUUCUCGCAACAGCCGCCAGCCCUACGCCGUCAGCAAGCGCGCCGGCCACCAGACCUCCGCCGAGUCAUGGGGCACGGGCCGUGCCGUGUCGCGUAUCCCUCGCGUUCCCGGCGGCGGUACGCACCGUGCUGGCCAGGCCGCCUUCGGUAACAUGUGCCGUGGCGGUCGUAUGUUCGCGCCGACCAAGAUCUGGCGCCGCUGGCACCGCAAGAUCAACGUUCAGCAGAAACGCCACGCCGUGGUCUCUGCCAUCGCUGCCUCCGCGAUCCCCUCCCUUGUCCAGGCCCGCGGCCACCGCAUCGAGUCUGUCCCUGAGCUUCCCCUCGUCGUCAGCGACAGCAUCGAGAGCGUGGAGAAGUCCAAGGAAGCGGUGAAAAUUCUUCAGAAGAUCGGUGCGUUCCCCGACGCGGAGAAGGCGAAACUGAGUCACGGAAUUCGUCCCGGUAAGGGAAAGAUGAGGAACCGUAGGUACAUUUCACGCAAGGGUCCUCUUAUCGUUUAUGGAUCCGAAGGUGCUAAAGUUGUUAAAGCGUUCAGGAACAUUCCCGGUGUUGAGUUGGCAAAUGUGGACAGGCUUAACCUUCUGAAGCUUGCUCCCGGUGGCCACCUUGGGAGGUUUAUUGUUUGGACCAAGUCCGCGUUUGAGAAAUUGGACUCCAUUUAUGGGUCUUUCGACAAGGUCUCUGAGAAGAAAAAGGGCUACCUGCUUCCCCGCCCCAAGAUGAUUAACUCGGACUUGGCCCGCAUCAUUAAUUCCGAUGAAGUUCAGUCCGUGGUGAGGCCCAUCAAUAAGGAGGUUAAGCGCGCUACUCUGAAGAAGAACCCUCUGAAGAACCUCAAUGUCAUGUUGAAGCUGAAUCCCUAUGCUAAGACCGCUAAAAGGAUGGCUCUUCUCGCUGAGAAGCAGCGUCUUGUUGCUAAGAAGGAAAAGCUUGAUCAGAAACGCAACAUUGUUUCCAAGGAGGAGGCUUCUGCUAUCAGAGCUGCUGGAAAAGCGUGGUAUCAAACAAUGGUCUCAGACUCUGAUUAUACAGAAUUUGACAACUUUUCUAAGUGGUUGGGUGUUUCCCAGUGAACUCUUCUGAAUUUUGAUUAGUUCUUGUUUUGUUACUUUCUUUAGAUUACAUUUACAGUUUUGAUACGGUAGUUAUGUCGUCCUAGUAAACGUUAUUUCUCUGAUGCUGUUUAAAACAAGUAUGGUUUGCUCAUUUUCCAUGUGCUUUGCGGCAAUGUAAUUGAUAUUUAGCAUCUGGAUUGAUGUCCUUAUCCUUUUCAAAUGAUAUUUGAAACCCCAUUUUCUACUA